AUGAAGAUCAGCGCCCUCAUUCUCCCCUUCCUGGCACUCGCCAUGGCCGCGCCCUCGCCCGGCCGUGGCCAUGCUGUGUCUGGCGACGACGUGCCCGCCGACUUGAAGGGCGUUUUCCGCAUCGUCGGCGACGUCGUCGUUGGCCCGGGCGGCUACUUUGACUCGACCGGCUUCCACGAGGGCGAGUACCACGGCAAACGCGAACUCGAGGCGCGCUUCCUCCUCACCUGGAAGCUCCUCAAGCUCAAGGGCUGGAAGUUCGGCCACGGUGGCCUCAAUCCCCCCGGCGGCGGCUGCUGGGGCUCUGGCGGCUGGGGCUCUUGCGGUGGCGGCGGCGGUGGCUGCUCUGGUGGGAACUGUGGUGGCGGCGGCGGCGGCGGCUGCGAGAGUGGAAACUGUGGUGGCGGCGGCGGCGGCUGCGAGGGUGGAAACUGUGGUGGUGGCGGCGGCUGCGAGAGUGGAAACUGCGGAGGUGGCGGUGGUGGCGACGGCGGCCACGGUGGUGGUCACGGCGGGUGCAAGGGUAAGAACUGUGGCAAGCCCGGCUGGUAG